AUGACGCCGGCCUCAGGCUUGACAUGCCGAGUCCCUGCCAAAGGGUCCUGCUGCGCAGAACUUCAAUACCGUAUCUGCGUGUAUACGCCAGCACUGGGACUGUACUGUACAUACUCAGUCAUUAGGAGCACUAUCCCUUCCCUUCCCCUCCAGCUAACUCGGCAUGAUUUCACGGCCCAGCCCGUUGACAAACCUCAUCCACACGCUACUGCACGGCCCCUGUCCUUUCUUCUUCUCUGGUCGGCCCUCAACCGCCACUCGUCGCCCGUCCGUCGUUUGACCUUCCCCUUCCUGCAAGGCUGGGGCAUUCCAGCCGGCACACUUGCCCACGUGAUGACGCUUGCCCCCUUUCUCGAUCUCGACUAA